GGCAAUUUUUGUGUGAUGACAACAGCGAAAAAAAUCUCACAAAGAAACACAGUAUUUUUUGUGCUUUGGUGAUAUCUCGGCUCCGAGGCACACCGAUAUCUGCCAAAUCAGUACAGCUGCCUGUUACAUGAUGAUACUCUAACUUUGGGGACAUUUUAAAGACACAGUAGGACAAAAUCAUCUCUUGCUGCACGAGGUAGACUUCGGAAAUAGUCGGAAACCCUUAAUUAUCAUUCGGGAAUUUCCGGAUCCAAGAUGGCUGCGCCCUGUCGAAAUGCUCGCGCCUUAGUGACCUGUAUACUUAGAUGUUCAUCAUGUCACAUCAGAAGCCACUGGGAAGCAGCAAGACAGCCAUGUGCUUUUUUAUUACAGCAAAGAACGAUGACACCUUACAGGAAAUAUAGCACACCAUCCAUCCAACAAGUAACAGAUGCAGAAGAGGAACAAAGACCUCUGAAGCCUCCAAAUAAGGUCGCUUGGUAUCCCACAGAUGAUGUUUACCAUAUAAGGUAUUAUCCCUGGAACCCCAUCCCAUUGGAGGAAUGUUUUCAACAGAUGAGGAGAGCUGCAGAGCUGGAGUUCAGGAAACCUGACAUCUGGGUACAGAUCAGUCUACAGCUGGACAUGAAGCUGGAGAAAAAGAAAAAGGUGGAGCCAUUUGUGGGUAGUGUCCACCUUCCCCACACCAUUACUGAACCAAAGAAGAUACUAGUGUUUGCAACAGUGAGUACUGGUGUUUCAACUUGAAGUUUGUUUAAUGGA